CCAUUCAGUCGCCAUCUGAAAUACUUUAUAUUGGUUUGAGAGAGAAAUGUAAGAUGAACAACGCCAAACCAUGUACCAACUUAAAACUACUUAAACUCGACUGUUUGUGUUUUACAAGAGAAAACGAAUAAAGCGUUAAGGAAUGCGAAUAGAAAGUGUGGAGAAAAGAAAUGGAGAAAACACAUUAUAGUAAUUUAAGUCGACUUAAUUUCGAUACUGUUGGCUUUCAAGGAUCGAUUCAUACAGCUACUCUCGCUGUGUGCACAGUUCUUGUUAUUUUUGUGUUGUUUCUGGGAUGUGUUGGUAAUGGUUCAGUGAUACUUCAAGCUUUAAGAUGUAAAAAACUGCGCUCUAAUUUUGAUUUAUUGGUCUUAAAUUUGGCAGGAGCAGAUUUUAUUUUGUGUACAUGUCUCUCACCAGCCUUCUUAUAUUUAUUAUUUAAAGAUCCUCCGUCUCCGAAAAUAUUCUGUGGUAGUUUCUUGUUUUUAGGAAUAACUUGUGGAUUAUUAUCCUUAUUAACCAUUGUGUCGAUUGCCGUUCAUAGACAGGCUAGAGUGGUGGGUCAAGCUCGUGGAACCUUAACUUUAACACAAGUUGCUGUUAUUCUAGGCAUUGUGUGGAUUCUUAGCUUGGCUACUGCUUUAGGGUCAACGUUACAGAUGACAUUAAAUUGGCACGAUUCUUACCAAAACUGUCAAGUUAUAAUCAACAGUCCAGACAUUAACAGUCAUAAUUAUAUCUUAUUCUUUAUUAGUCCAUUAGUUACCGUUAGCUUUGUGAUAAUCAUCGUAUCUUACUCGAUCAUUGUUCGUGUCGUUCAAGAUCAAGGAUCGGUUCGUGUUCCACUUCAACCUGUGCCACAUCGGACAAUAGGCAUUGAAAGACGUGCAACACCAGUGGUAGUAGUGUCAAGGAGAACAGUAACUAGACCAUGUCCUUGCUGUGCUCGACAACCAGUAUUAGAUAAAGAGAAUAAAGCCAUCACAAUGUGUUUAGUUGUUAUAUUGAUGAUUUUAUUGUGUUGGAGUCCACUUGUUAUAUCACAAUUUAUAGAGUUGGCUACUGGAGAAUCUAUCAUAUUAUAUCAAGUAAAACUAUGUGGCAUUGCUCUUUUAUUUCUCAAUAGUGCUUUAGAUCCUUAUGUAUAUGCUCAAAACAAUGACAGGACUAAAUAUAGAUAUGGACGGGUGUUGUUGAAUGCGUUGCGAUGUCGUAAACAACGUACAAACACUACAAGGACUAAUGUUCGAGUGUUUAGUCGGAUUAAACCUGACUUUAAAAGACAAAAAUCAUCUCCAAUCAACACAGAAACAAAUACUUUACAAAUAGUUUCUCCUAAACCAACUAAUAAGAUUAGUGAACCUCAGCUAAAACUUUAUUAUACAGACUCGAUGAAAACAGACAUUAUGUCGAGGUUAUUGUUAGUAGAGCCGUGGGGGUCGGCACAAGGGAAUAAACGUGGGAUGAGCAACCAUCUGGAAGAUAUUCAUAUUCAUAAUAAACCGAAUACUACCGCUCGUAAGUCACCGACAUUAGCUGAAACCCAAAAUCUAAUUGACUCCUGAUGCACUGCAUUAACUCAGCUGUAAUUAGAAAUUUAAAUAUGGAGUCUUCAAGUCUAAUCGGUGAGCUUUAAGAAGAUCAGUCAGCCAUUACAAAUUAAGAUGUUUUAAUGCACACAGUCAGUUUACUGUGAGAAAGUACAGUCAUUAUUAUUUAUUGAUAAAAGUAAUUAUUUCUAAAUAAAAGUGCUUAUUGUUGGUAUUUUGAAUAAUGCAAUGGAGGAUUCGGUUGAUGGUUGUUGAAAUUAUACCCCUCUAAAGACAAGAGAAGGACUUCACAGGCAUUUAUUUGAUCAAUUUCCAUUCGGUAUUUAGAUUCCGUCCCAGAAUAACUUAAAUGUUACUUAAGUGGAGAGGUUGUUUAGUAAAAACUGUACCCUCGACAAGAAAUUCUGUGAUCUAAACGUCAAUAAUUGAAAUAAAAAAAUACCUCAC